UUGAUACACAACGUAUUGUUUCUCGGAUGUGUGGAGCUGUAGUCCAAGGGCGGCAGUGGAUUCACGACCUGAGACCAAGAUGUGGACUAUGUCAACGUGAAACCGUGUUUCGUGCAUACGACAAGGAUAUUCACAUCGGUUUUUGUGUUAGACCAGCCACCUACUACUAGCCUACUUCCCCACCUCAUUCUCAUUUCGUAUCCGCCGGUGGUGGUGGCGGUGUUGGUAGUGGUGGUAACCAUGGCAACCAGCGCGGUGCCUAGCGACAACCUUCCGACGUACAAGCUGGUGGUGGUCGGGGAUGGAGGUGUGGGGAAGAGCGCUCUCACCAUCCAGUUCUUCCAGAAGAUCUUUGUGCCGGACUAUGACCCCACCAUAGAGGACUCCUAUCUUAAACACACAGAGAUAGACGGCCAGUGGGCCAUACUGGAUGUGUUGGACACGGCGGGUCAGGAGGAGUUCAGUGCCAUGCGGGAACAGUACAUGAGGACCGGGGACGGCUUCCUCAUCGUGUUCUCGGUGACGGACAAGGCCAGCUUUGAGCACGUUGACCGCUUCCACCAGCUCAUUCUACGGGUAAAAGACAGGGAGGCGUUCCCCAUGGUGCUGGUGGCCAACAAAGUGGACCUGGUACAUCUGAGGAAGAUCACCAGCGAGCAGGGCCAGGAGAUGGCUGCCAAACACAAUAUUACCUACAUUGAAACUAGUGCCAAGGAUCCUCCUCUCAACGUGGACAAGGCCUUUCAUGAGUUGGUACGCGUCAUCAGACAACAGGUCCCGGAGCGGAGCCAGAAGAACAAGAAGAAGAUGAAGUGGAGAGGAGAACGCUCCACAGGUUCUCACCGCUUCCACUGCAUCAUAUUGUGACUGCCCUCCUUCUCUGAAUGGUCUGUUAACUCACAGACACACACAGAAACAAUCACCCUCCCUCACACGCACACAUCCACACUCUCAAACGCACUCACACACCCGCAAGCAUAUCUUUUGAUGUCAGGGAGUACUGUAACCCCUAGCGGUCGUCGACUACUGGAGCACAAGAGGAGGAGGAGGAGGGGACGCUAAAAGGUGGACAGACUGGUUAUCAGACAGAGGGAGGCCCGGGAGACUGGAAUGGGCUGUGGCAGGAGGACCCCGUUAGCAACGUCGCAGUGACCCUGAGGAGCAGAUCCUCCUGAGACACAGUGAACUGCUCUCUUUCCUCCUCAGUCUGUGGUUCAAUGAGAAGCCUCAUGAGGCAGCUUCAUGAAGAGGGUACUCUGUGACUUUGAACCCCGGAUCUCCAUGCAGCGUCCAUACUCCGUACUGGUGUCAAACCGCUCCAUGUGAUUGGACCCGGCACAGGAAGCGCCUGGACAACGGUGGCGAGAACUAGACAGUGGUGAAACUAUUUCACCAACCUGUUCUAUCUAUCUAUCUAUUUAUCUAUCUAUCUAUUGAUCUAUCUAUAUCUUUCUGUUUAUCUGUCUCCCUAUCCCCUUUUUUCUCUCUCUUUGGUCUUUCUCCCGCCUACUCCCUCUCUCCUUAGCUCUUACUCUCACCCUAUCUCUCUUUCUCUCCGCUGCGCCCUCUGGUGCCCAAACGGACGAAGGUCAGAGGAGCGUCGCUCAAGGCAGGAGGUGUUCUGGAAGGACAGGCGUGUAGAGGUGGAAACCGUUCAUGUUUUUCUUUUUUCUUCUAUGAAUCAAUGGAAGUUAAUGUUUUGUGCUGAUGUCGAUGGGUAAACGCCCGUGAGUCCUGUGAGUUUAAAGUGUACAUUGUGAUUUUUUGUGAUGCUCGGUUAAGUGGUGCUGGAAGGUCCGAUCAGAAGGAGGAAAUCAGGAAACAUAGGAAAGAGAGAGAGGGAUCAAUGGUAUGUAUGUAUGUAUGUAAUGCAGGUGUUCUCUGAAUGCAUCAGGAGAAGUUUCUUCAUGUAGCCAUCGGUCAGUGAAUUGGAGGGUUGGUUAAAUCAGAGGCGUGAAAGUUAAAAGUAAAAGCAAGCAUACGGCCAUGUUUACAUCUAUAAUAGUAUUAUUUUCUAUCAUAGUCUUUACGAAUCCUUGCAGUUUCUACAUCGUGUACUAAAACCAGAAGUGUGUUAUCACAUACUGACUGCAUUGCACGCAUCGACCGUAGGAAUACAUUUAUUUUAAGGUUAAAGAAGGCAGCAGUUUGAAUGAAGUCCCUAUUAUAGUUGCCGUUAUAAACACGUGAGAUUUACGGAUACAUUGAAAAUCAUUUUCACAAGGGCCAGGAGAACUUGAAGAAGCAGUUUUGCACUGGCCACAAACCAAAAGAUGUGAUUUCAGUUACUUCAGGGCUGUAGGGGAAAUAUCAUCGCCUGUACUUUAGGUUCAAGGACACCUGUAACGUAAAAAGCUUUUACCCUGGGUUAAAAGUUGAAGCGUGGCUAAUCCAGCCCCCUCACAUACUGUACCGGUCGGUCUGGGAACAUAUUCCAGGAUUUUGAGAUGUGCCAUGGUCAGUUCUCGCCCAGUGUUGCAGGUUUUGUGUUUUGGAAUGUGCCAACUUGUGAACGGAAAGACGCCAUGUUAACGAUGACCCGGAGUAGGACUGAGAACGGGUUGAAGCGGACCACCAACUGAAGCAGCAAGAUAUUCAAAAUGUAUGGGAAAGCAAGUUUAGAAGGUGGACGUGAACAAUUUAAUAACCUAUGAAAUGGCAUGUACUGUUAUCGCACUAAAAUAAGUUUUGAGGGUCUUUCGGGUCUCGAUGAAAACUGUCUCUCGAAGGAUGGAAACUUUUUUGCACUUUUAAUAGAAUUUCAAAUUUUCCUCAUAGUUCGUGGCUCUCCUUUCAGAUCGGUAAGACAAAGAGAAAGCCACGGUGGAAUUUGAAUGUCAAAAAAUAACACGCAAAUAGAGUUGUAGCCCUAUCUGCCUGUGUGUGCCUGUUGGUCAGGAAGAGUUGAGUAUGAGAGUGUUGAGACUUAAUCAGAUUCAAUGGGUUCAUAAAUAUAUAUAUAUAUGUAUAUAUAUAUAUAUAUAUAUGUAUAUAUAUAUAUAUAUAUAUAUAUAUAUAUAUAUAUAUAUAUAUAUGUAUAUAUAUAUAUAUAUGUAUGUAUAUGUGUGUGUGUGUAUGUGUUUUGGAACCGUGGAAGACUGAAUUCAACAGCUUUUCAAUUACUGCAAAGGAAAUGAAAGGAAAUCUGCAGUAAAUGUCAACAUAAGAGACACACACAGGACGAAUAAAUAUUGUAAAAGGGACUUUUCGACAGUCUGUGUUGGUCAUAGAAUGGACAUGAGUGUACUGUUUGACUAUGGAGCAACAGACCUUGG